AUGGUUUCAUUUCAGACAUCUGAUGAGCAGCUUCUGGAGUUUUAUCAGCUAAAGUCGCUGAAUCCUAUGACAUCGUGGGACCAAGACUCCUCAGUGCUUGUGGACUUGGCUAAAUGGGAAGGUGUGGAACCUGACGCUGGCAAUUCGUAUGAUAUUCUGAAAGAUCUAUUGUUGCAGCAUCAGCAGAUGAACGCCUUGGAGGCUGCUCUGUCUUCAAAAGAUUUAUCCCUUGACGACAUCUGUGAUCCACUUAGCAAUCAGCAAAUGCUGCCAUUGCUUGAUAAACUAGGUAUUCCAGAAGAGGAUAGAUUGAAAUACCUUAUCAACAGCAAGAAGUUCGACGCCAAGGCCUUCCUGCGGGAUGUUCACAGCGCAGACACUUUUGAACAUCUUUCCCAGUCGCUGGAUAACUUGGACAAGAGUUUGCAAGUGCAGUCGGAGGAUUUGAAGGGGCUUGUGCAAGCAAACUUUGCCAGAUAUGUUAGAAUCAAGAAUAGGUUGGACCAAAUAUACGAACAAUUCUCCGAAAAGUCGGGUGCCGGAGUUUCAGGCGAUUCUAACGACCGAUUAGAGGUCAGAGUGCUCAGUGAUAAAGUGGAUGAGUCAGCUAAGGCAACAACUGUGAAGCUGAAACCGGUUCUGGAGACUUCGAAGAGGAUAUUGAGCUACAAGGCAACCAAAACUUUCAUAGAAGCGAACAGAGAGUUUUUCAACGCACCUAAGGCUAUGAGACAAUGCUUGGAGAAAGACGACUACAAGAAUUUAACGUUCCAGUAUGCCAGAGCUAAAGAGCUCUAUGGGGAACUCAUUCAGAAUUACGAUUAUGAGGAGGACGAAAAUGGUACAAGAAGGGCACCACUUGUGGCCAAAAAAAUUAUGGAGGAAGUCGAGCGCGUAAUUGACUGCUAUAGACAGCGGACAUGGGACUGCCUAGUUACGCCUUCUGAAGGGCAGACUCAACAAGAAUUCCUACCUCUGAUAUCCAAGCUACUGGACCUCAAAAUUGACAGGAAUCCCGUUACAGCGUGGAUAUCAAGUACAAUGGAUAAGUUUGAAAAAGAGCUGAAUGAAGUGUCAGCUCAGCUUCAUCAGAAAAUGGUGAAUGCACAGAAAGCAAUUCUGCGAAAUGGAUCGGAAUCCGACGAUAGCUCAGCGAUGGUUGAUGGCGUCGAUCUUUCGUACUACUUGUCCAUCAGGCAAAUAUUUCCUGAGCUCGGAAGGUAUUCUGGUGACAGAUCUCAAAUUUCAACGAACCAGGAUCUCACCGACUCUCCCAUUUUAAUUGAGAGUUGGCUCAUUUACGUACGAUACGUCAACAUGCUCGAAAGGGUCGGAACAAGAUUUGCUGAGUUUUGGGAGCACGUUCAAAAGUUCUUGGACGGUACUUAUCAGGCCUCACUAGUCAACGAUAAAAAGAAGGACAAUAUCCUUGUUGGUGAUCUUUCAGCUGUGGACGGAGAUAAGGAGUUUUUGCAUUUACAAGAUAUGCAGCAGAAAGAUGUUCGCAACCGUGCAGAUCGUUUCGUGGGUCUAUUUUAUGAGAAAUUGAGGCUGCUUUUCCAAUCAUCUCAGGAUUCCUUUGCGCAAGGCCAAAUAUCAAAUAAGGAAUCUGGACAACCGGAGGACUACGGUUUCAUUCCUCCUCAAGCUAAUGGGCUUAGCUGUUUGAGAUAUCUACCAAAAAUGGUAGAACCGCUUUUGAGGUUGAUUACCGAGUUGGCCCAGUUGGGUAUUAGUUCAAACACUUUAGAGAAUUCCAGAAAACUUGCGACUACCCUUAUCAACCGAUGUGUCGGUGCAAUAGCUUCCCUGAAACUCAGAGACAUCUCGAAUUUCUACAAAUUAGAAGAUUGGACCGUCUACGAAAAUGUAAGUGAUCAACAAGGCAAUGAGUACGGUGUUACGCAAUUCCCUGAGAUCGUUUUUCUAUUCCAAACCUACUGCAUAAAAAUAACUAGAGAUCUUCUGUUUGCUUUUGAGAAACUGCCAGUGUUUAACGGUAUCUCAGUCGUGAGUUAUCCAUCAAAACAAGCAUUGACGGCAACAGAAAUACAACAGCUCAUAUCAAUGGAAGCCGUCCUUGAAGCAAUACUCAAAAAUGCAGCAAAAGAUAAGAACAACCCCAGAAACGCCCACACUAUAUUAACUUUGACGAAUUUGCAGUACAUUAGGGAGGUUUCAUUUCCGAAUAUUCUACAACAGUUCGACGAAGCCUUUGAAUUGAAUCUGACAGAGAAAAAUUUGGAACUAUUUACACUUCUUUCCAAGAUGGAGUCUUCCAUUCUUGGUAACUACCUGUCUGAACUGAAGAUUAAUAUAAGAGAUAUUUUGGAGCAAAGAUUCAAUGAGGUCAACUGGGCAACGCACACUUCAAACUCCUUUAGGGCAGGAGACUACAUUAUAGAAGUCUUGAUGCUCCUUAUUACGAUCCACAGUGAGUGCUCUAGGGUAGGCCCGCAGCUAAUAAGCAGAAUUUUGAAAGAAAGUCAGAUUUUCAUAUCUAAAUAUCUGUUUGAGGCCUUCAAACCAUACAUUGGAAAUCUAUCAUCAGACGGUCUAUUACAGGUAACGGUUGAUUUGGAAUUUUUCCGCAAGGUUUUAGGAACUCUCCUUGAGAAGGAUACUGAGAUCACUUUAACAGCAUGCCUACAGAAUUGUUUUCAGAAUAACAUUGAUAGGAUGGCUAGAUGCAUCAAAGAAACUGAGCCAAUAGUUAGCGCAAACCUAACACGCACCAGCACCCAAUUUGCUGCAUUCAAAUAA